AUGGAUGCUCGGCCUCAGCGAAUUCGCGUCCGCGGCGACGAGAACGCCCCAAUCCAUGUCCAUCCUACCAAGACCAUUCACCAUCGCAACAAAUCUACUCCUGCCCUAUCGGCCGCUCUACAAAACGGGGGUCUUAGAAAUGGCGCCAAGCGCACUGCUUUUGGAGAUGUCAGCAACAUUCGAGCUAGCAAGGAUGACAGUCACGUAGCUGGCAAGAAUAUACCCCUUGCAAAGCCUGGCGUAUCUGCUCAGGAUAGAAAGGUCCUUGCCCUGGCACAACCUGCACAGCGCCCCGCAUCUGUUAUGGGCAUCAAGACCAUUUUGAACACUAAUAGCAAUGGCAACGUCAAGCAGGCUCUUGGCGAGACUCACAACAAUACUUCGAACACACGCAAAGUACUCACAAAACGGAGCAAUGUCGCGUUCAAGAAGCAGCCUCUCUCACUUGUCACUGAGGUGAAGCCCAGUGCGAACGAACAACCAGUAUCGCGUGCCGAUAUCUCUCAACAACGCGUUGUCCUCGAAAAACCAUCUACUAAAUUGUAUGACAAGAGCGUCAUUGAAGAACACAACGAUAAUCCUCUCCUCGAAAGCGAUGUCUCUAGAGGAUCUGAUGAUACUAUCGAAGAGCCUGUCGCAGAGACCGAGCCAGCCAUUACUGGCAGUGUUGCCAUCAGCGUCGCUGAAAAAGAGUCUGUGGACCAGGUGAAGCUGCACGACAACAUUCCAGAGCCCGCAAACGUGAAGGUCUUGACAGAGAUUGCAGAGAUUGUAAAAUAUGAUCACAGCGUCCCACGUGAUUCACUCGACUUACUUCAUCGACGGUCUGAACACGGAAUCCUGCCCUCAGAGCCGGAAGAAUACUGGGACGACGAAGAGGAUGAGAAUGAUGAGGAUGACGGUUAUGUCACUGCUCGUUCCUAUCGUUCUCGUAGCGAGAACACAACCGGAGGAGCGACGACUGUGCUCUUUCCCAAGUACAAUCCCAAAGCCCGGCGUGAGAUUGCUAUGGCCAAGCAGCUUGUUGAAUCCUCACGCACUGCAGAUGACAUUGAUGAUGAGAUGUGGGAUACGAGCAUGGUGGCAGAAUAUGGUGAUGAGAUUUUCGAGUACAUGCGCGAGAUGGAGAUCAAAAUGCUACCGAAUGCCCAUUACAUGGAUAACCAGGCAGAGAUCCAAUGGUCCAUGCGCUCGGUGCUCAUUGACUGGCUCGUCCAAGUCCACCAUCGAUUCUCUUUACUGCCAGAGACAUUGUUCCUUUCGGUGAAUUACAUCGAUCGAUUCCUAUCUUGCAAGAUCGUCUCCCUCGGCAAACUUCAGUUGGUCGGGGCUACUGCCAUUUUUAUUGCGGCCAAGUACGAGGAGAUCAACUGCCCUUCAAUUCAUGAAAUCGUGUACAUGGUCGAUCGCGGUUACACUGCCGAUGAGAUUUUGAAGGCCGAACGUUUCAUGCUCAGCAUGCUACAAUUCGAGCUAGGAUGGCCUGGACCCAUGAGCUUCCUGCGACGAAUCAGCAAAGCAGAUGACUACGACCUGGAUACACGCACCUUGGCUAAGUACUUCUUGGAGGUGACUAUCAUGGAUGAGCGUUUCGUCGGUAGCCCGCCAAGUUACACUGCUGCAGGUGCUCAUUGUCUCGCUCGAAUGAUGCUCCACAAGGGAGACUGGUCUCAUGCCCACGUGUACUAUUCCAACUACACAUAUGCACAACUUUUCCCACUUCUGCUCACCAUCCUGGAAUGUUGUGAAAACCCAUCCAAGCAUCACAACGCUAUCUACGACAAGUACUCGGAGCGCCGAUUCAAGAGGUCCUCCCUGUUCGUCGAAGCUGAAAUCACCAAGGGCUUCCGCCUUGUGGAACCAUCCAAGGACAACCGCCUUGCCUAA